CUGCUCUCUCCUUGGCCUUUGGCAUUAUGGCCAGGCUCCGUGCCCUCCUCCUGCUGCUGCUGCUGCUGGGGCUCUCCUUGGCAGACGGAGCCUUCUUCCAGGGAGCCAGGCGCAGCUGCUACAAGCCCCGCCCGGGGAAAGCCCCUUCCCUCCGAACGUACCCUCGCCCUCAUGAAUAUUUGGACAUCUCUGCAUUGCCCAAGGCCUGGGACUGGAGAAACGUAAAUGGUGUCAAUUUUGUAAGCACUACUCGGAACCAGCACAUCCCUCAGUACUGUGGGUCCUGUUGGGCCCAUGGAAGCACCAGUGCCUUAGCAGAUCGCAUCAACAUCAAGAGGAAAGGUGCCUGGCCCUCAGCUUACCUCUCUGUUCAGCAUGUCAUUGACUGUGCCAAUGCGGGAGGUUGUAAUGGAGGAGACGACAGUCCUGUCUGGGAGUAUGCUCAUAACCAUGGCAUCCCCGAUGAGACCUGCAACAAUUACCAAGCAAAAGACCAACCAUGUCAGAAGUUCAAUGAAUGUGGAACGUGUGUUACUUUUGGACAGUGUCACCUAAUAAAGAACUACACUCUCUGGAAAGUUGCAGAUUAUGGAUCUCUUGAUGGACGUGAAAAAAUGAUGGCAGAAAUUUAUGAGAAUGGUCCCAUCAGUUGUGCGAUCAUGGCCACUGAAAAGCUGGAUGACUACACUGGAGGAAUUUAUACAGAAUACCAGCCUGCUUAUGUCACAAACCACAUAGUCUCUGUUGCUGGUUGGGGAGUUGAAAAUGGAAUAGAAUACUGGAUUGUACGGAACUCUUGGGGCGAGCCCUGGGGUGAGAAAGGCUGGCUUAGGAUUGUGACAAGUGCAUACAAAGGAGGGAAAGGAGCAGACUACAAUCUUGGUAUUGAAUCACGGUGUACUUACGGAGACCCAGUUCUUCCAUGAGUCAGCCCUGCCUUCUGUUUGCGAUCACCAUUUUGGUAUUCAAGGACUGUUCCAGCCAGUUACCUCUUCUUUUCAAAGGGAUGCCGUGAUUUACUACAAUUUAAACUAAUGAAGGACUCAUCGAGACUUUCCUGUGCUAAUACCUUUUUUGUGUUUGUAUGUGUGAUUUUUCUAAAAAAACAACCAAAUGAAUUUUUGUACUGAUUGCACCAUGAGAGAGAACGAGGGCAAGGAAGCAGCUUUGUGAACCGCAGUGAUAAAUAAUUCCAGUACGUAGGGGGUUGUGAACUUUUGUGAUAAACAUUUCCUGUACUUAGGGGGUUUGAGGGAGAGACUUGUCCAUGGGGAAAAACAUGCAGUGUGUAUUUAUAAUUCCUUUUGUUUUAUUUGGGUCUGAGCCAUGUUUCAGGUUGAGCUCAACCUUAAGAUGCCUACAACUCUUAAGGUGGAACAAGAGCAUCCCUGCUUUUGUAAUACUUUCUUCCCUGCACGCUUGCCCUUUCUUUGUCAAUGUUUUACUGUUAUCCCCUUCAAGCCUCUUCUUAAUGAGACAUUGUGGAUGAUGGGGGAGGCAAAGGACAGAGGCAAUGCAGGGAAGAAGAAAAAAGUGGAGAGAUCUUUGGAUUUUCUUGCUACAUAGAUGAAAACCAAACCUGUUCCCUGCCUUUUAUGGUUGCACUGGCUGCUCAGGGCCAGAUUGGAUGUUACUUUUUAUGUAUCAUUAAAUCCAUCUUGAGCUUCUCUUUCUAUACUAUAUUGAGAGAAAGCAGUUCCAUGCACCCCUAGCUUCCACUAAAAUCUGGAUUUUUACAGUUUUCACUGCUAAAAUUUCCUUCUGAAAAGUUGCUGAAAGUUAGUGGUAACAUGUAGGUGCCUUGUGGGAGAUGAGAUGGCCUCCCAGUGGGGAAAAGUCCAUAGCAAGAUGGAACAGGCUAAGAUGGCCUCCAACUCCAAAGUCCUGAUCUGCAGCAGGAGCCAACAUAUGCUUUGUUUUUUUGUUUUUUUAUAAAAGUAAGUUGACAGCAUCCUGAACAUGGGAUGCAAAUAUACUUCUAAAAAAUCCAAUUUUGUUUGGUCAGUUAGAAGCAAGACUAAACAUGGAGGGGAGCAACUUCAAUGCAGUCCAGACUAGUGGCAAGAUCCAAUAGUUACAAGAAAGGUUUGCCAUUGCCAUCACAUUAAUUGUUUUCUCACUUCAAGGGCCAGAUACAGCUCUUAAUUAAAUCAGCUUGGUCCAGGGCUGCACCAAGGCACAUAUCCGACUCCUGCAGUCUUUUGCCUGCUUGCCCUCCACACAUAUCAGAACCUAUCUGGUUCCUGAAGUGAUAGCAGCUUGCUGAACCCUAAAUUUGCUGCUUCCAACAAUUCUUAAAUGUUGUAGAAGUCCAGUAUUCCUUUAUAAGAUUAAAUCUGGAAAUUGCUUUUACAUAGUGGUGCUUUUUCUGUUCCUCAUUUGUGGAAUGAGUCAAGGAAGCGAAAAGUUAUUUCUCUGACCCAUCAGUGCAUGUGUUUGAUAGGAUUGCGGCUGAAAAGCAUGUGUAAUUUUGGCACCCUCCCAGCCUUCCUACGUUCAUAAACUAAACCACUUUUUUUCUGCCAGAGGCAAGGGUUGUCAGACAUCUGGAAAGUCAAAAAACAUGGUGAGUGUACACCUUUUUAUUGCUGGUCAGUUUGUUAGGUCAUAAAUUGUGUUGCAGUGACAGAUCUGGAUCCCUGCUGGAUUUUAUUUUGGUACUCUGGUGUAACACAGUAUUUGCCUCACAUCACAUGCCUUUACAUGUAUAGUUUGUGACUUUUAUUGCAUCUUGCCCCUGAUUCUUGCCAGUCAAUCUUUCCCCAACAUAGUGCCUUUUCAUUACUCUUCACUGACCAUGCUGACAAGGGCUGAUGGGAGUUGUAGUCCAAAAUAUCUUGUGGGCACAAUACUUAAGGACUGCAGGUCUAGACUGAUGAAGAUGUUUUAAAAUUUGUUCAUGAUCCUAUGCCUGAUGUACCUAAUAAAGAUAUUUUCUUUUGGACUAACA